UGCUAAACUCCUCCUAUGAACGUGCUGAGAUCAUAUAGGCGAACCCACUUGCUUCAGAGACAUACCGCGUACGAGUAUUACAUCUAUAAAAGCCUUGUUGCGUCUCAGCUGGGAUUUCAGAAACUGGCUGUUCCAUCCAGGUUUGAACAAUUAAAGAAAUUUCACUCCACAGACGCACACGUCAGCUUUGACAGAAAUGGCACAUUCGUGGGGAUAUGAUGCCAAUAACGGGCCUCAUAAAUGGGGUGAUCAUUUUCCAAUUGCCAAUGGACCCAGGCAGUCUCCCAUCAAUGUAAUCCCGUCACAAGCACAUUAUGAUGCAUCUCUUAAACCCCUCAGCAUUCAGUACGAUGCUGCCACUGCUAAAAGCAUUCUGAACAAUGGACAUUCCUUCCAGGUUGACUUCGUUGACAGUGAUGAUCGCUCAGUGCUUAAAGGAGGACCAGUCUCUGGAACCUACCGACUGCGUCAGUUUCACUUUCACUGGGGAUCCUCAGAUGAACAUGGCUCAGAGCACACUGUAGAAGGGAAGAAGUACCCUGCAGAGCUACACUUGGUUCACUGGAAUUCUGGAAAGUAUCCAAGUUUUGGUGAAUCUGCAGCACAGCCUGAUGGUUUGGCAGUUGUUGGUGUAUUUCUGAAGAUCGGUAAUGCCAAUCCACAUUUGCAGAAAAUCAUUGAUGCUUUUGAUGCAAUUAAAGAAAAGGGGAAGCAGACUUCUUUCUCUGACUUCAAUCCAGCAACUCUGCUCCCGGGCUCCUUGGAUUUCUGGACCUAUGAUGGCUCACUGACCACACCCCCUCUGCUUGAGAGUGUGACCUGGAUUGUCCUCAAGGAGACUAUUUCUGUCAGUGCUCAGCAGAUGGCCAGGUUCCGUAGCCUGCUGUUUACAGGGGAUGGUGAAGCACCCUGCCACAUGAUGAACAACUUCCGCCCACCACAGCCUCUGAAGCAGAGGAAGGUCCGAGCCUCUUUCAAAUGAACAGCUCGCCGCUAGUAUUCCAGGCUGGCUGUUUGAAGAAAGUAUUGUAGCCAGCACAAAUGAAACUGGAACAUCUGUGUAGAAGAGAAUAGUUUAUCCAGGCAAUCCAUAAUCCCUUUUUCCCUUUCUUUGAAAGUACUUCAGGCUCAGUCUUACCCACAUAUGAAGCUACAGCUGAGCCUUUUAUGCACUGAAUUUCAUCAUCACUUUGGAUAUCUAUAUAUUUGCACGUAUGCAAGUGAUUGAUUCAUUUGUAUUUAUAGGCAUUCUGUCGUUUUAAUACAAUAUUGAGGGUUUUUUUUAUUGCUGGCUAGAAGAAAAUGGGUACAACAUUCUUAGGUAACAAGCUCAUGGUAAGCUCUCUUACUUCAUUCCAGAAUAUAAAUAAUGUCAUACUAUUGGGGAAACAAGCUAAUACAGACCAGCACAACAUGUUUUCUUUUUCAAUGUUGAGCACAUAAAUUAAAGAAGAAUGUUUCAAUAUUGCAAAGUGUUAAUGAAGUUCAGCCAUUAAGUGGAUUAUGAAUUGUUUUAUAAGAUUGUGUCUUGGUUGUUAAAAUGAAAUCUUGUUGAGCAAUAAUGUUAGAAAGAAUACAAAAUAAUGCUUAAUUAUUAUCAAUAAAAAAUGAUAUAUUAUA